CCCUCCACGCCUUUUUCCUUUGUCUUUCCGCGUGGCGCCUUGUAUAUGAUAUGAUAUCCCUCCCCUUCGUUUGACGACCUUCACGUCGCAUGGUUGAAGCUUUUCUUGGUUUCCCCGGUCAGCAUACGGUUUGACCCUCUCUCCCUAGCCUUUCUCCGGGACGAAUCCGAGCGAUCUGUGGAGGUGCGGCCGAGCUCCGAGUAGUAGGAGUUCUCCGAUGGCCUCUGUUUGCGUUGAAUCUGACCAGGGCGAACUGUAUGACAGGCAAAAUGACAGAGCCGAAGCUGGAUACACCCUUGAUCCCAUCAUCUUCGGCACGGAGUCUCCCCGAUUUCAAGAAAUCCGUCAAACUAAAGUAUGUGAAGCUCGGUUACCAUUACCUGAUCACUCAUGGAAUGUUCCUCUUCCUCUCCCCUUUUGUUGUGGUGAUAGCUGCUCAGCUGUCCACGUUUUCACUGAAGGAUCUCCAUGACCUCUGGAUUCAUCUCCAAUACAACCUCAUAUCUGUCAUCCUGUGUUCGACUCUCCUCGUUUUCUUGAGCACCCUCUAUUUCGUCACCCGUCCACGUCCUGUUUAUCUUGUCAAUUUCUCGUGCUACAAGCCUGAAGAGUCUCGCAAAUGCACCAAAAAGAUCUUCAUGGACCAGUCUCGACUGACUGGUUCGUUCACGGAGGAGAGUCUUCAGUUCCAGAGAAAGAUCCUUGAAAGAUCUGGCCUCGGGGAUUCGACUUAUCUUCCUGAAGCUGUCCUCAAUAUUCCUCCAAAUCCAUCAAUGCAGGAAGCUAGAAAAGAAGCUGAGAUGGUCAUGUUCGGUGCACUUGAUGAGCUUUUCGCGAAGACAAAUGUGAAACCGAAGGACAUUGGCAUCUUGAUUGUUAACUGUAGCUUAUUUAACCCGACCCCUUCGCUUUCAGCAAUGGUCAUCAACCAUUACAAACUUAGGGGGAACAUAGUUAGCUACAAUUUAGGUGGCAUGGGCUGCAGUGCAGGUUUGAUUUCAAUCGACCUCGCAAAACAUCUCCUUCAGGUGCACCCCAAUUCAUAUGCAGUGGUCAUCAGCAUGGAGAACAUCACGUUGAACUGGUACUUUGGGAAUGACCGCUCGAAGCUGGUUUCAAAUUGCUUAUUUCGAGUGGGAGGGGCCGCCAUUCUUCUUUCAAACAAAAGCUCCGACAAGAGAAGGUCCAAAUACCGGUUGCUACAUACUGUCCGGACCCACAAAGGAUCUGAUGACAAGUGCUUCACUUGUGUUACCCAAGAAGAAGACUCCACUGGAAAAGUUGGCGUCACAUUGUCGAAGGAUCUAAUGGGAGUGGCCGGCGAAGCUCUGAAGACCAACAUCACCACAUUGGGUCCUCUGGUUCUGCCAAUGUCCGAGCAGUUGCUGUUCUUUGCCACAUUAGUCGGAAAGAAACUUCUGAAGAUGAAGGUGAAGCCUUAUAUUCCGGAUUUCAAAUUGGCUUUCGAGCAUUUUUGCAUUCACGCUGGAGGAAGAGCUGUGCUAGAUGCAAUAGAGAACAACUUGCAUCUCUCAGAUUGGCACAUGGAACCUUCAAGAAUGACGCUUUACCGUUUCGGCAACACGUCGAGCAGUUCUCUUUGGUAUGAGUUGGCUUAUUCGGAAGCAAAGGGGAGAAUCAAGAGGGGAGAUAGGACAUGGCAGAUCGCUUUCGGAUCAGGGUUUAAGUGUAACAGUGCAGUAUGGAAGGCUCUAAGGACAAUAAACCCGCAGAAGGAGAAGAACCCAUGGAUGGAUGAAAUCCAAAACUUCCCGGUGGAGGUUCCUAAGGUGGCCACUAUAUGAUCUCAGGUCCUCGGUUUCAACCAUUCCUAUGCAGUUUCUUGCCAAGUAUGCUGAGCGAACUUCUUUUCAUUUUAGAUUUCCUAGUCGAGGCGUCAUCAUUCUUUCUGUAAAUUGUUCGUGGACUUGUAGCGAUCUCUUACCUUUACUAGUUGGUGGACUUAUCAUUUAUUGGAGGAGCGGGAGAUUUUUUUCGUAGUU